CCCCAAGCUCCAACGCCUGGUUUUGGCAAGCACGGCUGCUCUACGCCCGUGCUAGGAGCCUUUUCGACGACUACUUUUGCUGCGCGCACUGGCAGGACACAGUUUCGCCGCGUGAAAAGCAUUGGCAAGCCAAGCAGAGGACAAGCUCGCCGUACAGUGCUGCGUCGUGCGACAAUGGACCCGAGCGAGGAGGCGACAGGCUCGCUCGACGACGACGCGUCGUCGUCAGACGGCGCAUCAUCGGUAGACUACAUCUCCGAAGUGUCGGACGCGGAGUCGACGGCGUCCGAGGCCGUCGCCGCCGCGCUGGAAGACGUAAUUGAUGCCGUCGAACGCCGCGUCGACCGGCAGCGGCGGCGCGCGGCACUGCGGCGGUUCGUGAGACGAGUUCUACGGACGACCGUGCGCGCGGCGCUCUUUUCUAUACUCUGCCUCGCGGCCGCCGCGGCCGCCGCGGCUCUCGAAAGGGAGCGGGGCCGCUGGUUAACACGGUGUCCCCUUCACGCGCCGUGUGGCGACGAAACGUUUCCCUGCGUCGGCGCCAUCACAGAACCCUUCGCGAUACCCCGCGGAAGGGUAGGAGACGGCGUCGCGGAUUGUUGUGGUGGCUCCGACGAACCUCAUGGAGAUGUUAGUGUAUGUAUGAGAGACGCCCAGCAACAACUCGAAGAGGCACGACGAGAGAUGACGAGCAUGGAAUUGUCGAUGGCGGCGCGCCGCGUGCUCGCGGAGGAGGCCCCCUUCGCGGCGGCAAGAGCUGCUGUGGAAGAUGCGCAGUUACGGAGUGACGAGCUGCGCUUCAGCGAGUUGCAACCUAGAAGUUAUCACGAAGCGGCGCAACUGCAAGCGGUAAGACAGAAGAUCCAGCGGUUAAGGGUCCAGGCUGCGGGCGCGUACCAUCAAGAUCCGGACAUUUACGGGGACGACGGCGCCUGGCUCGGGCUUCGCGGUUCGUGCUUCGACUCUCCACCAUUAACGGAGAAGAGCGUGCUGGGGGGCACGUCGAACGUCGUCGCGCGCGCCUACGUGUUUCGGGUGUGUCCAUUCAAAAACGUGACGCAGCGCGAGGCGGACUACCUCGAGUGGAAGCGGGCGACGGCCCACGCCGAGGGCAAGAAGAUGAAACGCUCUGCUCCACCGGAGCCCGUCGUCCUGGGGGAAUUUCAAGUAUGGGCUGAUAGCGGCGAUGACCGCCACCCUUUAUAUUAUGCGCAAAAGCAGCUCGUCGUGGCCGAGGCGUCCGCUAAGGGCGCGCGCCAGAUCUAUGCGGGUGGGGAGCCCUGCGCUGGGGAUAGACAAAGAGUCGCGAUCGUGCGGCCCGUCUGCGCCGCGGAGACGAAGCUCGUCCGCGUCGACGAGGACGGCGUCUGCAAUUACCUGAUGGACCUCGAGACGCCGGCGGCGUGUCUGGGUGUGUCGUCGGCGCGAUUGCGCGAUCUAGAGCGGCGGCUGGCGUAUCCGGUCGCUUAUGCUACGAGGCGAAUGAUGGCGUCGGUCGGGCGGCGGCUCUGGCGCGAGAACAUGCUGCUGCUGUUGCGCGCGACGGGGCGGCGGCCGGUCGGCGAGUGGGUCCCGCGCGUCGAAGCGGUCCUCGCUCAUUGCCGGGCGCGGGCGGAGGCUUGGGUCGUUCGGAUGGUUAGUUAA